AUGGGCAUAGCACCCCACACAGACACGUCCCUAAUAACCAUUCUCCAGCAAUCCAAAGUCAGCGGCCUCCAAGUCUUCAAAGAGGGAGCCGGGUGGGUCCUGGUGCAACCCGUACCCGGUGCCAUCACAGUUAAUCUUGGUGACAUUUUCCACAUCCUCUCCAACGGGGUGUUUACAACUGUCCGUCAUCGUGUGGUGGCCACACCGAUCCGACGGCUCUCCUUUGCCUAUUUUUAUGCUCCUCCAGGUGAUUUUAUAGUCUCCCCAGUUUUGUCCAAGGAUUUUGGGGAAGUGCCUAGGUAUCAAACUCUGUCAGUGAAGGAGUAUGUUGGAAUCAAGGGCAAGCAUUUCGAGAAGGCGCUUUCUGUUAUUCAAAAUUAA